AUGGGGCCUGUUACUCAUUGGAAUAAACUAUGGCAAGCCCAACAGCAUUGGAUCGCUGGUGGGAUUCUCAUCGAAGCGUAUACUGCGGCCGCGAAGAUGGCACGGAUCGGAUAUGUCGAUCAACAUAAGAACGAUCUGUCACAUAUUACGUCGUACGAAAGAUUUCUAUACGUCGAAGGAAAACUGACGAAGAACAAAGUGGUCCAGGGUACUAAAGUGGUAUUGGGAAAUAAUUGCAUCGCGUUCAUAUUUGAUGAGAUUCGAUAUGAACUCAUUGGUGUGGAGAUUGAUCAUAACAGAAAUAAGCGUGAUUCUGCGGAUCAAUGGGAUGAGCAGACUGCUGCGGUCGGAUACUUUAAUUUCUGUGUAUCGCUCUACGCACUGCUGGGAUUUUGCGAAGAUUAUAACGCUCUUCACGAAUUGAUUUUAAUACAAGCGCGCAACAACAACAAUUGUCUGACGGGAGAUCCGGCGACAGAGCCAACGAUCGAAUUAUUCAAUAUGCAAGGCGAUUGCUACACGUUAUUGAGCGAGAUAAAUAAGCUAUUGAUGCUGCGCAUUUUGGAGAGCGGACGAUAUCUGAGCAUGGUUUUCGCUCGUGGGAUGUGUACAAGUUUCCGCUCUUGCAGAGCACAAUCAAGCAUUCGUGAACCAUCAAGAUGGCUACUCAACUCGAGAAGCUGUGCUGUCAUUUUCGCUAUGCAAACAGGUCGAAGAAAUAUCAUGUCCGAGAAUAUAAGUCGAUUUGAAGACAGUAAAUUAACCAAUGCGAAACUUUACCUGAAUUCGGAAUGUUAUCCGUACGAUGACUUGAAUCUGGAUUUUGAUAAAAACAGAUGUGGGAUUCUGUACGACUUGUAUGCGCGUUUCUGCUUACGGAUAUGA